UUCACGCAAUCCCAUUAUACCUUCCACCCCCACUCCCCCCACCAAUCCCAACCCCCAUUAUCGGAAUCUUUCUUCUUCUCCCGUAUUUUCUCUCUCGUUUUCACUACCAAAUCUUCAUUUCAUUAUCAGAGACCGACUAACUAAGCAGGGCAACAAGCCAAGUUAAGUUUCUCUUGCUAUUUAUAGCAUUUCAGUUUCCCCUUUUAUGUUGUUUUGCUACCCACUUCUGUGAAAGCAGAGAGAGAAAGAGGGAAUGGGCAAUACCAGCAGCAGCGGCGGGCACGGUCGCCGGAGACAUGGUAGCAGGAGGAAUCAUCCACCGCUGCCUCCGGCCGUGCCUCCUCAGCCGGAAACCUCAGCGAAUCGUUACGUAUUCGCGGCGGCCACACCGUACCCGGCGCAGCACCCGAACCCUAACCCUCCACCGUACUACCAGUACCCGGGAUACUACCCGCCUCCUCCGCCCUCCAUGCCGAUGUCGCUUCCGGCUCCGUACGAUCACCAUCACCGGAUGGAACCGGGCCAUUGGGGGAGAUAUCCGUGUGGGCCCAUGAUGCAGCCCCCGGCGCCUUACGUCGAGCACCAGAAGGCUGUGACAAUACGCAAUGAUGUUAAUCUCAAGAAGGAGACUUUGCGGCUCGAACCAGACGGUGAGAAUCCUGGGAAGUUCCUUGUCUCUUUCACGUUCGAUGCCACUGUCUCCGGGAGCAUCACUAUUAUGUUUUUCGCAAAAGAAGGCGAAGAUUGUAAACUGACACCUAUGAAGGAACAGCUGCUUGCACCAGUGGUGGUAAACUUUCAAAAAGGUCUGGGCCAAAAGUUCAGACAGUCCUCUGGAACCGGAAUUGACUUCUCAAUGUUUGAGGAGACUCAGUUACUGAAAGAAGGUGAUUCAGAUGUCUAUCCUUUAGCAGUGAAGGCAGAUGCAUCCCCCGCUGAUCAAAGUGGCUCGGAUGGAAACCAAACUUCUGGAUCCCCAAAUUCUCAGAUUACUCAGGCAGUAUUUGAGAAGGAGAAAGGCGAAUAUCAAGCGAGGGUAAUGAAGCAGAUUCUGUGGGUGAAUGAGAUGAGGUAUGAGCUGCAGGAGAUAUAUGGCAUUGGGAACUCUGUUGAAGGUGACGUUGAUGCAAAUGAUCCUGGAAAAGAAUGUGUCAUUUGUCUGUCAGAACUACGGGAUACAACCGUUCUUCCCUGCCGACACAUGUGCAUGUGUAGUGGAUGUGCAAAGGUUUUACGGUUCCAGACAAAUAGAUGUCCAAUCUGCAGACAACCAGUUGAGAGGCUUUUGGAGAUUAAGGUCAAUAAUGGGCAUGAGGAAUAAGUAAGAUAGAAUAUGUGCUGCUGCCGCUGCUUGUUGUAUAGUAUCAUGUUGUUUUCUUUCUUUUUUGCUUCACUUGUAAUUUUCAUUCUACGUCUUUUCCCUUGCCUAAUGCUCAAAAUAGAAAAGUGUGACCAAUAUGCUGCAUAACAUGGAGAAUGCUGGCAUUACACAAAAAUUUAUGAGCCAAUGCCUUCCUUUUGGACGUGUGAGUUUAGUGCCAAUUCCUCUGAAUACUUGCUAUUGGAUAAGAAAUAUAUAGUAUUAUCGUAUUA